UAACUGCGAAAAUAUCUCACAAACAUGAUCAAUCGAUAUUAAAAUUGGUCUUAAUCAGAAAAAAUUGGGACUUUUUAUAGAAAAUUAGAUAUAUAAAUGAGGUAAAAAGCUAUAAGAACAACCAAGAACCCUAUGCAAUGCACCAUACCCGGAUGAAUUGAGAUUGUUAAAAUGCGGAUCAUGUUCAAGGAAAGAAAAAGUAACCAACAGCCAUUGAAUUUGAUCAAUGCGACGAUAAAUUCCCCUCUCCUCUCUUCUUCCAUUUCCAUUUACCACCCAGAUGACAGAGGCUUCUUCUUCAGCCAUGCAACACAACGACAACGACGGGGAAUCGAACCCGUACCCGGCCCACUGGGGUCCGACGGCCUGGGCCCUGCUCGCCGAUCUCCGGCAGCGCUGCCCUCUGGUCCAGUGCCUCACCAAUUUCGUCUCCAUGGACAUGGCCGCCAACACCCUCAUCGCCGCCGGCGCGUCCCCGGCAAUGAUCCACUCUCUGGGAGAGAUCCCUGACUUCACCCCUCAGACCCACGCGCUCUGCGUCAAUGUGGGCACACUCUCCCCCUCCUGGGUUCCUGCCAUGAAAGCCGCUGCAGAGCUGAUGAUUAAGUUGGGGAAGCCUUGGGUUCUUGACCCAGUUUCCGCUGGCGCUUCUGGGUUCCGCUUGAAUACUUGUUUGGCACUCGUCGGGUUGAAGCCUACCGUAAUUCGAGGGAAUGGGUCUGAGAUCAUUGCUCUGUCCAAGGCUUCUCUCGGUGCCUCCAAGGGUGUAGAGAGCGCCCAUGGGUCGUCCAUGGAUGCACUAGAAGCAGCCAAAUCCUUAGCUAAGUCGAGCGGAUCCGUAGUUGCAGUGUCAGGAGCUGUUGAUAUUGUCACUGAUGGCAAUCGAGUUGUUGGUGUUCAUAACGGAGUUCCCAUGAUGCAGAAGAUCGCAGCAACUGGGUGUGCAGUCACGGCAUUCAUAGCUGCCUUUGUUGCUCUCGACCCAUCACAUCCUCUGGAAGCAACAGCCUCUGCCCUCUCUGUAUUCGGCAUUGCAGGCGAGCUCGGAAUGGUUCUGGCGAAAGGUCCUGCUUCGCUACGGGUGCACUUGAUCGAUUCCUUAACCGCACUUGAUGAAGCUGCUUUGCUAUCUCGAGUAAGGAUCACCGAUAUGUAAGGCUGCAAGCGCAAGCUCGUAAUAUCUCGGUAAUGUGUCUGUGACUAAUGGCGUACAGAGUUUGCAUAGAUUAGUCUUGGCAUGAAUCAGCAUCAUCUAUAUGUAUGAAUAAAGGAGCUGUCAGUUC